AUGGAGCCUGGAUGUUCUACGAUAUCAAAGGAGGUAUUGAGGAUACCCGGAGGUGGGAGGAUAUUGGGAAUCAGUGAAGAAGAAGGUGACUUGCGGAUGACGAAUCUUGUGAGCCCCCUGCUUCCAGCACCAGUGGAGGCUCUGGCUGGUAUCCUGUUCCCGUUCCGCAGUUUGCAAGAUGAAAUUGAGGAUGAGAAGGCCAUGGAUGAAGGCGAAGAUGACCCAACGUCCAAAGAUGAUGCUGUAAUGACCCAGUUCAAGGAAUCACUGGCUGCAAUUCGAGAGGAGUAUUUGGAAAAGCACGAGGCCUCGCAGAACCAGGCUUCGAAAUCAGAACCAAUUAAUACUCUCCCUGGAUUUUGCACCGGCAAAGCAUUUCCGUUGAAGUCACUCAAUGAAAGCCACCAAUGGCUGGAUGAGAUACUGGCGUUCCAUGGCGUGGAAGAGCUAGCCCUGAAUGGAGCGGCGUUGAGUGCACGUUGUACCAUAAUGUCGUGUCACAGGUUGUUGAUGGAUAAGUUCGCAAUGCCUGUUGUAGUUCUGGUUGGAAUGGAGACUGACCAUUACGCGCUCAAGUGGGCGGAUUUGCCCGUAGAAUCAUUUGCUGCAUUCCGUUUGUUGCGAGAUCGUGGAUUGUUCGUUGACGUUGCUCUUUCUGUGAAUGGCGAAGUGUUCAAGGCGCAUAAAAUUGUUCUCGUUGCGUGCAGCCCUUACUUUGAGCGUGUAUUGGUGCCAUUGGAAACUGGGGUUGGAGGAUGUGACCAAAACUCAAGAUAUCCUGUGUUCGUUAUGAACGAUGAGGACCCUGUAAUUUUCCGUCAAAUUCUUGAUUUCAUCUAUCGUGGUGAAACCGAAGUUCCUAGUUCGAAGCUUUCCGAGUUCCUGCGUAUGGCGGAAAUGCUGGAAGUCAAAGGUCUGAAACAAGGGGCGCAGAAUUCAAGCAUGAGUGUGGCUGCUUCCGUAAAUUUGACUGGAAAUGAUUGUCGUCAGUGCCAAAAACCGAGCAAUUUCUCAAGUAACUCUGGGCUUAAAAUGGAAUGGGAUGAACGUCUUGCUGGCACGUCUUCUUGCAAGUCUGAAGAAAGCUGGGAAGUGUACCAAGGACCGAGUGGAGAGACAAGUGUACAAGGGCAAUACUCACCAUCGCAAAAUCCUCCAGCUUCGUUCGGGCAAGGAAAUUGGAAGCUAAAAUUGGAGGUUGAUCAGCGGUCUCAUCCGUAUGCUCCACCUUCUCAGCCUUCUGGUGGAGCUCAGUGGACCAGUGACCCUUCGAAACCCACCAAUAUCCCGUCUGACGUUUCUACUUCUGCACCGAUCGAACGAAUUAAUGAAGUCAUUUGGAAAGGAACGAGAACCGAAGUUCCCCCCGAUGCACAGGGCUCAAGCGGGGGUUCAGGUGUGCAGAACGUCUUCUUCUGUUCCAGAUGUUCAUAUCGCAGCCUGAUCAAGCACCAUGCACUGGUUCAUUCGAGGAAACACACCGGCGAAAAACCAUACCAAUGUGAAAUAUGCUUCAAGAACUUCUCGCAGCUUGGGCAUUUGGCGCAGCAUGCAAGGAUUCAUACCGGCGAGCGCCCGUUUGCCUGCGACGUGUGCGGAAAAGCCUUCACCCAACUGUCGAAUCUAAAGCAGCACAAGAAAAUUCACAUGCGGAAUUUGACAAUGUCGGACCAAAUCGGCGCCAGUGCAAGUGCAGAUUCACCUACCCGCGCGUCUCAACCGCCGGAUGAAAGUGUCGCCGGUCCCAGCUCCCAAGACCCUCAAACGACGGCAACUGCUACACAUGUGUCUCAGCACGGCACUCACUUGACAAUGCUUGCCUGA